AGAUUGUGUUUGAUUUUCAACAAUUACAACUCAUUAAGACUGAAGUAGUUCGUUUUUGAGGCGAUUUUCUUCAGCUAUCUCUAAAAGAAAAGAAUUAAAAGUGCUUUAAAAAGUUUUCAAGAAAAAUAAUCAACUAAAAAUUUUGAAUUAAACCAAAUUAAAAAGUGAUUAAAAUGGCAUCAUUUGCAGCAUAUCAAUCUUUCGGUGGAAAUCAUGGCGCCAACAUGACAGUUGUUGACAAGGUUCUUCCUGAAAUGCUUCAUUUAAUUGAUCCACAUUGGUAUCAGUUUCCACCAAUGAAUCCAUUGUGGCAUUCAAUUAUUGGAUUUGUCAUUUUCGUAUUGGGUUGUGUAUCAAUGAUUGGCAACUAUGUCGUCAUAAGCGUCUUUACAACAACGAAAUCAUUGCGUACACCAUCAAAUCUUCUUGUUGUCAACUUAGCUUUCUCUGACUUCUUAAUGAUGUUCACGAUGGGACCACCAAUGGUUAUCAACUGUUAUCAUGAGACAUGGACCUUUGGACCAAUGGCUUGCCAACUUUACGCUAUGGCUGGAUCUCUUUUCGGAUGUGCAUCAAUCUGGACAAUGACAAUGAUCGCUUUCGAUCGAUACAAUGUCAUCGUGAAGGGUUUGUCUGGCAAACCUUUGACAAAUAGUGGUGCAACUUUAAGAAUUGGAAUCAUUUGGGCAUUUUCGCUUUUCUGGACUUUAGCACCAUUGUUCGGAUGGAAUCGUUAUGUACCAGAAGGAAAUAUGACUGCUUGUGGAACUGAUUACUUGUCUCAUGACUGGCGCAGCCGUUCUUACAUCUUAAUCUAUGCAAUCUUCGUUUACUGGCUUCCACUUUUGACCAUCAUCUACUCUUACUUCUUCAUUUUGCAAGCAGUUGCUGCCCACGAGAAAAACAUGAGAGACCAAGCCAAGAAAAUGAAUGUCGCUUCAUUGAGAUCGGCUGAAAAUGUCAAUCAAAGUGCAGAAUGUAAAUUGGCUAAAGUUGCUUUGAUGACAAUCUCAUUGUGGUUCAUGGCAUGGACUCCUUAUUUGAUCAUCAACUUCACUGGAGUUUUAACCAAAUCGAAGAUCUCUCCAUUGGCUACAAUUUGGGGAUCACUUUUUGCUAAAGCCAACGCUGUUUACAAUCCAAUCGUUUAUGGUAUCAGUCAUCCUAAAUAUCGUAUUGCACUCGCGAAGAAAUAUCCAUCAUUGGCAUGUUCAGGUGAACCAGAAAUUGCUGACAAUCAAUCAACUGUUACUGGAACUUCUGAAGAAAAAGCUUAAAGAUUCAUGUUGUUGAAGAUGCUAUGUUUUAUUAGGAAUUAUUGGCAUAAAUAAAUAAAUUUAAUCAGAAUAUUUAUGAA